AUGAGCAACAGGAACCAGGGGAACCCUCCAGAGGAACCGGAGGAACUGGAGGAACUGGAGGAACUGGAGGAACUGGAGGAACUGGAGGAACUGGAGGAACUGGAGGAACUGGAGGAACUGGAGGAACUGGAGGAACUGGAGGAACUGGAGGAACUGGAGGAACUGGAGGAACUGGAGGAACUGGAGGAACUGGAGGAACUGGAGUUUGAACAAUACCUGUCAGCAACACGUGUCAAAAAUCCGUAUAAGGAUAUGGAGGCCAUCGUCGACUCCGAAGUCGUGAAAUAUACAGCCUUCAACAUCUAA